GCGACUCGGAGGGAUUACAAUAACUGCAGCUGCUGUCCGUAUUGCUUUACGGUGGAGUUUAGGAAACAUCAGGGGUUAUUUCCUUCCAAGGGCGAUUUGUUGCCCCCCACCGAGGAAGGAUUUGGCGCUUCUCUCCUGGGGAUCUGGAUAAUAACGCGGGGCUGGAUGGUGGCAUCUCUCUGGCGCUGAACACGAUCAAGGCUUGAAAUCCUUUAAAUGGAUCGCCAGGCCAGUCUGAUCUCUCUGUGGCUUCAGUUAGAGCUGUGGGCUAUGGCCGCGCUGCUGAGCAAAGGGGAAAUCAGAUGCUACUGUGACGCUCCGCAAUGUGUUGCAACUGGCUACAUGUGCAAGUCGGAACUCAACGCCUGCUUUACCAAGCUCCUUUACCCGCAGAACUCAAACUCUCCUCUCACCCACGGGUGCCUGGACUCCCUCGGUAGCACCACAGAGCCGUGCAAGGCAAGCGCAGAGCACAAUCACACGGUGGCGGUGCCGACGCUCAGAUUGGAGUGCUGUCACGAAGAUAUGUGCAAUUACAGAGGUCUGCACGAUGUUCUGUCUCAUCCAAAGGGUGAUCCAUCAGGUCCAGGGGGCAGGCACCAACACGAUAACACAAGGAGCCUCAUCACAAAGGUCCACGAAUUGACGUCAUCUAAAGAACUGUGGUUCCGGGCAGCGGUCAUAGCUGUGCCCAUAGCUGGUGGACUGAUCCUGGUGCUCCUUAUAAUGCUUGCACUUCGGAUGUUGCGCAGUGAAAACAAAAGACUGAAAGAUCAGAGGGAACAGAUGCUGUCGCGGCUUCACUACAGCUUUCACGGGCACCAUUCAAAAAAGGGCCAGAUGGCCAAAUUAGACUUGGAGUGUAUGGUGCCAGUGUCUGGCCAUGAAAACUGCUGCCUGACCUGUGACAAACUGAGGCACACGGACCUUAGCAAUGACAAAUUCAUCUCAUUGGUCCAUUGGGGGAUGUACAGCGGACACGGCAAGCUGGAAUUUGUAUGACCGCCUUCCCAACACAAUGGUCCAGUAGGGGGGUCUUCUGGAUCCUGCUGGAUGGGAGCACUUUAUCUUAUUUUCUUUUUAAACAAAACAAACUGAUCCUAAGGAGGACGAAAAAUGGGAUCUUUGCACAGCAAAUAUUUAAUGUUUCCUGUGUGGGGGUCCAAAAAUGUCAUAUUUGCACAAAAAAAGAGCAAUGGACUCUCUUUUUAUUUGCUUAACAUUGAAAAAUGUAGAAGCUGUACACACUGUCACAAUGUGUUUUAGUUUUAGGGAGCUAAUAUUGCUAUUGAAAUAAACUGUACAAAGUGUACAAGUUCCUAUAUAUGUCUAUUGUAUAGAAGUUUUUUUUUGUUUUUUAAAUAUAUAUUUUUGUCUGAAA